UUAAAAGCUUCACUUCCGGUUAUAUUGUUUAUUGUUGAAAAGAAGGCAAAAGUUUGUUGUCGAUCGAUCGAUCUGUUGUUGGAAGAUGAUUAUUUAAAGGAAAAAAUCACCUACCCAUAAUUAGGCAAAGCUUUGAAACUAAUAGAUAAACUCUAUUUGUGAAAGAUGUUUAAAAAAAAAGCCAAGUCGACUCCACAACAGAACGGCAGCAAAGAAAGUGUUGUUGGUUCCAGUAAUGAAAACCUGACUGCACUGAAAGACACCAAAGAUUCUGUGGAGAAGAUUCUCCACCAGAGAGUCUUUUUUAACGUGUUCUUUCUUGGAAUGGUACAGGAAAUGAAUAUGGGUGAUGCAAGGAAGAGGGAUACUGAGGCUCAGCUAAUCGACCAGCUGGAAGAAGCUCAAAUUGAUGGCAAACUACCUGUCACCGCUCGAGAAGAAGAUACUGUGAAACUAAAUGUGUCAAGGCAUGGAAUUAAGGUCCUUGACAAAAAGGGCCAGGAAGUGUUGCAGCGACACCCCCUGCACACCAUUGCUCAGAUCAUCCAAUAUGAUGAUGACUUCCAACACCACAACGUGGCAGUGAAGAUCGGUCAGUUCAGUAAGACGGUCUUCCAUUGCUUUGUCUUUCAGUGUGUCUCAGAGAACCAAGCCCAGAAUAUUUGCCAAUGUCUUCAGAAAUUGUUUGAUGCUGUGACAAUGAAUAUAUCGAUGGAUUCUUAAAAAGAUUUUCCUCCCUAGCUCUGCAUUCCUAGACAUAAAACAUAGAGAUUUCUUUUGAAUGCAAAACAAUGCUGUGCAGUCUGUUCCAAACCACAGCAACAUUUUACUGGCAGGAUUACAAUUUGGGAUUCUUUCAGGAAUUCAGAUUGUUAUUGAGUUUUUGUUUUUGAAAGGUGAAUUGGUUUUAUUUAUUGAGACAUUCUUUCAAUCAAUUUUCUCUCAAUGCUCUGUCUGUCUUAAAGAACCAUAAACUAUCAAAAGAACAAACAAUUUCAUGUGCAAACUACCUACAACAAUGAGUUAUUCUUCAGGCUGUAUUGACUGGUAACCACACAGUUGAAGAACCUAUACUGUGAUAAUUGGACUAGAGCUGGUCUGUGGACUUAUUUUGUCCAUAUCACCCCACUACCCACCUUCAAGUAGCUUUCAGGGAUCCUUCCAGAGUGUUAAUGCACUCAAGUGGUCCCUUUAUACGCACAGGGGCUCUAUAAAACUCAGGAUCUCUUUUAUACGGAGAUAUAAAUAACUCUCUGAGUUUAUGGGAAGUGAUAGAGAAUACCGAAGUGUCUUCAUCCUCUCACUUCAACCCUACAAUGUGGCCUUGUGUCAUUAUUUAAGGGUCCCUAAGGGUAGCAGAAAUGCUUUGUGAUAUUUAGUUACGUCCCUUUAUUUGCAUAAAUCUAAAUCUUGUUGAGACUGACUUCACUUCUUGUUCCUCUGGGAUGGGAGAAGUGGUUGGUAAAAUAGAUACCAGUAAUAUUUCUGGGACCUGAUUGAAUCGACUACCCCCCCCUAAUGCCGUUCAUUCAAACUGCAUUUACAUUAUGGUUUCUUUUGUUUUUUGUUAUGUUAUUGAUUCAUCAUCAUCACCAACACCAUCAUCAUCAUGUAAAUAUGUAUUUAAAUAAAGAAGAAUAUUUAUAACAUCUGAUAAA